CUGCAAGACGCCAAAACUGGUGGAGAAACUGCAGGACCUGGACAUAGUUAAAGUUUGCUGGCGGCAGUCAGUUUUCAGUGGCCCUCACCAAAGAUGGCCAAGUGUACACAUGGGGAAAGGGAGACAACCAACGGCUCGGUCCAUGGCACUGAUGAGCAUGUGCGCUACCCCAAAUUACUCGACAGUCUACAGGGAAAAAAAGUUGUGAAUGUUGCCGUGGGCUCUACACAUUGCCAGGCUCUGACUGAGGAUGGAGAGGUUCACAGUUGGGGUAGUAAUGAUAAGCUGCAGCACUUUGAUACAUUAUUUUCCAUUAAGAAUCAACCUAAAGCCCUCCCAGGGCUGAAUUCCAAACACAUAGUGGGGAUCUCCUGUGGCCCAGGACAGAGCUUUGCGUGGUCCUCAUGCUCAGAGUGGUCUGUUGGGCUGCGUUUGCCCUUUGUGGUGGAUGUGUGCCCAAUGACCUUUGAGCAGUUGGACCUGCUGCUGCGACAGGUGAGCGAGGGCAUGGAUGGCAGCUCUGACUGGCCUCCCUCACAGGAGAAGGAGUGCAUGGUGGUUGCCACACUCAACCUACUCAGGCUGCAGCUCCAUGCAGCCAUCAGUAACCAAGUGGAUCCAGAGGAUCUGGGCUUGGGUCUUGGUAGUGCACUGCUUAACAACCUAAAACAAGCAGUGGUUCUGCUAGCUAGCAAUGCCGGGGUGCUCAAUACUGUGCAGGCAGCAGCCCAAGCUGUUCUGCAAAGUGGCUGGUCAGUGCUGUUGCCCACAGCUGAGGAAAGGGCAAGAGCAUUAUCAUCACUGCUGCCUAAUGCCGCAUCUGGAAAUGAGAUGAGUGUGAGUCCUGGACGUCGGUUCAUGAUAGACUUGUUGGUGAGCAGCCUGAUGGCUGAUGGGGGGUUGGAGUCUGCCUUGAAAGCAGCCAUCACUGCUGAGAUACAGGACAUUGAGGCCAAGAAGGAGGCGCAGAAAGAGAAGGAGAUAGAUGAGCAGGAGGCAAAUGCCUCUUCCAUGCACCGUUGUCGUGCCAUGCUGGACAAAGAUCUCAUCAAUACAGGAAUCUAUGAGUCAGCAGGAAAACAAAGCUUGCCUCUGGUGCAGCUUGUACAGCAGCUGUUAAGGAAUAUUGCAUCCCAGACCAUUGCCAGGUUGAAGGAUGUUGCUCGACGUAUCUCCAGUUAUCUCGAGGCAGAACAUGUCAGCAAAGAACGCUCUGCAUCGCUGGACCUACUGCUACGCUUCCAGAGGCUGUUGGUUAGCAAGCUGUACCUGGGUGUGAAUGGCAUAGAAAAUGCCAGUGGAUACAACCCUGAACUCCUGGGUGUUGGCUCCCUGUUAAAAAAGUACAUUGCCCUACUCUGCACUCACAUUGGAGACAUUCUCCCAGUUGCAACAAGUAUUGCAUGUACUGGCUGCCGUCACUUUGCUGAAGUCUCCCGUGUUAUUGAAGGAGACCUAACUGGUGUGCUCCUCCCUGAGCUGGUGUUGUCCAUUGUCCUCCUCAUCACCAUUGAUGCAGGUUUGAUGCAGGAGACUGGUUCUAUUCCCCUCCUGGCUGGACUCCUGGAGCACCUGGACCGAUUCAACCACCUGGCCCCUGGACAUGAGAGAGAUGAUAACGAAGACCUGGCAUGGCCAGGAAUUAUGGGGUCCUUCUUCACAGGCCAAAAUUCUAAGAACAAUGAAGAGGUGUCCCUCAUCCGCAAGGCAGACCUAGAGAAUCACAACAAAGAUGGUGGAUUCUGGACAGUCAUUGAUGGAAGGGUGUAUGACAUCAAAGACUUCCAGGCGCAGUCACAGUCUCUAAGUGGCAACAGUGUUCUAGCCCAGUUUGCUGGAGAGGAUCCUGUGGUUGCUUUGGAAGCUGCACUGCAGUUUGAGGACACCAGGGAGUCCAUGCAGGCCUUCUGUGUCGGCCAGUAUAUGGAGCCUAAUCAGGAGACGGUCACCACUCCGGACCUCAGCAGUCUGUCCUCCCCUCUAUUGAUACAGAAAGGAACCUGGGCUUCUGCUCGGACUCCAUGCCUCCUACUUAGGCAAAAAGCACCCCCUUGUGCCCUAUGGAGAUUGAAUGUGCCAAAUGGCUCCAGUCCUCCAUAUUUUCUGGUGGCCUUCAGACCAGUCAGAUUCAUUAUAACUACAAUGAAGAGAAGGAUGAAGACCACUGCAGCUCUUUGGGUACAACCACUCCAGAUAAGGUCAAACUCUACUCCCGUAGGAUAACUCUCAGUGACCAUGCACAGCCAUUCCUGCAGGCCAUUGCUGACAACAACACUCAGGACCACACUGUGAAGGUACGAGCCUGACUGUGAAUUGAUGAGAUAUACAAAUAAAUUACACAUUGGCAG